AUGAGAAGCCAUGGAAGCUGGCGUAAAGUGAAAGAAGCGAUACGUUUCUACUCUUCUUCAUCUUCCUCUGCUUCAGGUCUCUUGGAAUUUGUAAAUGUAGAUUUUCCUUCUACGAUAGGAAUUCGAGGAAGGCGCGAAUUUGCCAGUCUCUUGCAGCUUCGUGCGUCGGACGAUCCGUUGAUCUAUCACAAUGUAGUUCAUGGUCAGAUCAUCGUUUCGGGUUUUGAGUCAGAUACGUAUCUUAGCAAUCUUCUGAUGAAAGCGUAUUCGGAAGCUAACGGUAUGGUUUAUGCACGGAAGCUGUUCGAGAAAAUGCCUGACAGAAAUUUGGUUACUUGGUCUACUAUGGUUUCAGCCUGUAACCUUCAUAGGUUAUACGACGAGUCGUUGAAGGUUUUCAUAGAAUUCUGGAGAACUAGAAAAAUCAGCCCGAACGAGUUUAUUUUGUCGAGUGUUAUCCAAGCUUGCUCUGGAUUAGAUGGUGAUUGUGUACGAUGGAUGGUGUUUCAGCUUCAAAGUUUUCUUCUCAAGAGUGGGUUUGAUCGGUAUGUUUACGUUGGUACACUGUUGAUUAAGUUUUUUCUGAAGGAAGGUGAUCUCGAUUACGCAAGGCUCGUGUUUGACGCUUUACCGGAGAAAUCUACAGUGACGUGGACGACUAUGAUCAGUGGGUACGCCAAAAUGGGAAGAAGCCACGUGUCAUUGAAGUUAUUCUACCAACUAAUGGGAGGUAACAUUGUUCCAGAUGGUUACAUCCUUUCGACGGUUCUAAGUGCGUGUUCAUCACUUUCGUUUAUCGAAGGUGGGAGGCAGAUUCAUGCACACAUCUUAAGGCAUGGACAUGAGAUGGAUGCCUCACUGAUGAAUGUGCUUAUAGAUUGUUAUGUGAAGUGUGGCAGAGUUACAUGUGGUCUUAAGCUAUUCGAUGGGAUGUGGAAUAAAGACGUGACUUCGUGGACCACAAUACUGUCUGGAUAUAAUCAGAACUCUCUUCAUAAGGAAGCCAUGGAGUUGUUUUCGGGAAUGUUAAAGAUUGGUUUGAAGCCAGAUGCGUAUGCUUGCUCUAGCAUACUCACGUCUUGUGCCUCACUUCAUGCUCUGGACUAUGGAAGACAUGUUCAUGCUUACACUGUCAAAGCCAAUCUUGGCGAUGAUAGCUAUGUGACUAACAGCUUGAUCGACAUGUAUGCGAAGUGUGAUUGUUUGACCGACGCGAGAAAAGUUUUCGACCGUUUCGCUGCUGCUGAUGGAGUUUUGUAUAAUGCAAUGAUUGAAGGUUACUCGAGACUUGGGACACAAUGUGAGCUACAUGAGGCAGUGAACAUGUUUUGUGAUAUGAGGUCCAGAUUGAUUCCACCUAGCUUGUUGACUUUUGUUAGCCUUCUACGUGCAUCUGCUUCUUUGAAAAGCUUGGAACUUAGCAAACAAAUCCAUGGGUUGAUGUUCAAACAUGGAGUAAACUUAUAUAUGUUUGCUGGAAGCGCUUUGAUUGAUGUUUACUCAAGUUGCUACUGUCUCAAGGAUUCUAGGCUCGUGUUUCAUGAAAUGAAAGAGAAAGAUCUUGUUCUGUGGAAUGCAAUGUUUUCACGUUAUGUUAAACAAUCAGAGAACGAAGAAGCUCUCAAUCUGUUUUCGGAACUACAGAUAUCAAAAGAAAGUCCUGAUGAAUUUACUUUUGCCGACAUGCUUAAAGCAGCUGGUAACUUGGCAAGUCUUCAGUUGGGUGAAGCGUUCCAUUGCCAGGUUAUGAAAAGAGGCUUGGAAUGUAAUUCAUAUAUCACAAAUGCUCUACUAGAUAUGUAUGCCAAAUGUGGAAGUCCCGAAGAUGCUUACAAGGCUUUUGAUUCAGCAGCUUCGAGAGAUGUGGUUUGUUGGAAUUCUGUCAUAUCAUCUUACGCGAAUCAUGGAGAAGGAAGAAAAGCACUUCAGAUGCUGGAAAGAAUGAUGAGUGAAGGAAUAGAGCCUAACCACAUCACAUUUGUGGGGGUUUUAUCAGCGUGUAGCCACGCUGGUCUCGUGGAAGAUGGACUUGAGCGAUUCGAGUUAAUGCUUCGGCUUGGAAUUGAACCAGAAACUGAACACUAUGUUUGUAUGGUAUCUCUGUUAGGCCGUGCUGGUAGAUUGAACGAAGCAAGGGACUUAAUUGAGAAAAUGCCGAUGAAACCACCUGGUAUUGUAUGGAGGAGCUUGUUGAGUGGAUGCGCGGUGAAGGGUAACAUAGAGUUGGCUGAGUAUGCAGCUGAGAUGGCUAUUUCGUCUGAUCCAACGGACAGUGGAUCGUUUACUUUGCUUUCUAACAUGUACGCGUCGAAAGGCAUGUGGGCAGAUGUGAAGAAAGUAAGAGAAAGAAUGAAGUUUGAGGGUGUGGUGAAAGAACCUGGACGUAGUUGGAUUCAGAUUGAUAACGAGUUUCAUAUAUUUCUGUCCAAGGAUAAAUCUCACCGCAAGACGAAUCAGAUUUAUGAAGUAUUAGACGAUUUGCUUGUGCAGAUCAAAGAGUGA